GUUUUUAACCGACUUCACAAAAGGGAGGAGGUUAUGAAUUCGUCGGAGUAUUUUUUUUUUGUAUGUUACCGCAUAACUUUGCACCACGUUAAAAUAUGUAUGUAUAUAUUCUUUCCCAAAAACUGCGCUGACUUGCAAAUACAUAUUUGAAAUAUUUUCACAACAAAAAAUAAAGCGAUGGUUCGCAGAAACAAAAAUUCAAAAUAAAUUUCGAACACAUAACCGCGCGGAAUAACAUAGAAACGUAAGAAAAAAAUAAAACUUAACAGCAAAUAAAACUUGAAUAAAAACACUGCGUUUUCACCGACACGCCAUUGAACAAGGUUAAAUAUUUGUAUUGUACUUGCAAAUGAAAGGGUGUGUGUAUGUGAGAGUGGCACUUACGAAAGUUUUGCCAAUUCUGUGACCUUCAGUAGCAAACGCAGUUUACCUCACAACAGGUGCCACACGUAGGAAAAAACAAUUCUUGACAAACUCAAACUGUGGGUUUAUGACAAUUCGACAAUCAAGUAAGCGUAAACAGUAACUAACACUGAAUACCACUGGGCGAACUGCGAAUAAACACCAGAGUUAACACGGACGUGUGCGCGAAGAAUUGUCAAAAAAAAUUUAGUGCUUUGAACUGGCGGUCACUACUGAGCGGGAAAUGAUGAAGCACGAUACCAAUAGCAAUCCGAUGUCAAUAGGCGGCCCCAACCUGACAGGACAAUCUUCGGGUACAUUGUCAUUGAAGCGUGGAGUCUUACGAAAUCGCAGUGGUACCGAGGCGUCAGUUUGUGCGCGAAGUCCCAUCACUAAGGCGUUUGAUUUUCUUCCCUGGGGACGCAGCAAAAAAACUUCUACUGACAAAACACAAGCACAACAACAACAGCAAAAGUGUGAGACUAAGCAGCAACCAUCAAAUAGCAACGUUAGCACCAAUACAAACUCAAAUUCGAACACCUCAUCUACAAAUUCUGCGGAUAAGAACACUAGCAUACACUACCAUCGCAAUAUUUUCCGCAGCGGUGGGGGACUUAUACGUGACAUACUUGGCGGCGACAAGCUAAAUAAGGAUAAAUCCAACAACAGCCAACAAGAGUUGGCACUGAAGAAGUGCAACCAGCGCCCUAAGCCCAAGAAGGUGGUAUCGCGCAACAAGAGCUUAGACAUACAUGAGCUCAUCAACACGGUAGACAAUGAACUGAGCGCAGAGAAGCAGAAGAAUGGACACGGUCAUUUUAUGGACGAUACCUUCAUUGAAAAUAUAACACGAGCCAAGGAAGCCUACCGCCAGGCCAUGAACGAUGAAAUGAGCGAAGGAAAACCCGAAGAUUACAGAUUUGUGGAUGAUACCGACGAAGGUGAGGGUGGUCGCCUUCAAACGGAGAAACCAGGUCAAAAUCAGGACAGCGAUGAGCAUCUCAAGUGUAUGUCUUCGAGCAGCGGUUUUGCUGGGUCAUCACGACACAUUCUGUUCAACGACGAGGAUAUUGUGUAUCUGAUAAAGAAAGAGCUUCCGGUUAAACGAGAAAUGAGCAAAACUAAACGCAAAUUAUCCGCCAACCAUUCGGCAAUGAGUGACAAGGAACAGUAUCAGCAAUACGAGCGUUCUCGUGAACGUGACCGUGACCGUGACUGUGAGCGUGGCAGAGAACGGCAUGAGCGCAGUGAAAGUGUGCUGCGGGCGCGUUUGAAAUUCAAGAAAUUGACACCGGAGGGCACGCCACUUCCGACGCACAGAUCUCCCUCCGCACAAAUGCUCAACAAUCAGCUGGAAACCAAUCAAAGCGACUACAAUGGAGUUGAAUAUGACUUACCGAAUACGCGAAAUUAUCAGUCGUCAAGAUCAGUCAUCGACAAUUAUGGCAUAAGUCUUGUGGACAGUAAUAAACGUGGAAUUCUGCAGCGACAAAACACUUCGCCUGCACUGAUUAGAUUGGCUGGCGAAAGCGAAAAUGCCAAUGUAAGUGGAAAAGGAAAUGAGGGUGUCUACGACGAUGCCAUGCGCUACAGUCCAGAAAAUCGGCGACGACACCUGCAGCUAUUUCAACGUGGCGAGCAGCGUGUGCAGCUCCAACGGCGGAAAUCAUUAACGGACUAUGACAGCACUCGGUUAGGCAACUGCAGCUCUAAUAGUAGUAUGACAAGUGGCGGUGGCAGUGCUGGUACGCCCAGCAUCGAUCAACCGCGGCCCGAGAAGCCUCGCAAGAAACUCUCCUUCCGUGAGCCUGUGGCAGAUAAACCGCGAAUACGACGACGCAGCUCGCCUCUUCAACGUGCGGAAGGUGAUGCCGCCAACAGCGAAGUGUACAGUAAUGGUGCGAUGAGCUCAGCUGGAGCGGCCGCAAUGGAACUAGGCAAUCGACUUGGUGUAGCGGAUGCUGUAAUAACGAAUAAGAAUGCGAACGAAGCGAGCUGCGAUAAUUUCAGUGUCAGCAGCAAUAACACAGCUUUAAUGGCAUUAGCUGAUAACCGCAAUUAUUCUGCACAAAUUAAUCAAAGUACACAGUUAGAUGCAACAGCAUGCUAUUAUGAGAAUAAUGAGAAUUCAACAAAGGAUUUUGAGUCACAGGCGAUGCGGAUUGUGCGCACUGUCGGUCAGGCCUUCGAAGUAUGUCACAAGUUCAAUCUUCAUAAGAAUUCCUUCGAUCACAACGACGAACGCUCAGAUGUCUCAUCGGAUUUGCUCGAUAUUGAACGCAUUUCAGAACAGCCACUGUCCGAUGACGAGUUGGACAAGAAAGGUAAGUGA